UGAACUUACAUCCAAUUAGAGAAUUGAGACAUCAAUUCAGCCAGGUUGAUAAAACCGUAGCUAACUGCUGCUAACUUGUAGAAUUGAUGCUUUUUUUUCACUUUCUUUCUUCCAUUUUCUUUCUUUGUUCCUUCUAGAAGCGCACAUCCAUCACGUGAGGCUAUCCCUGCGUCAUCUACUAAUUUUAGCCGUGCAGGAUAUUUUCGCUUUUUUCCUUUUCAUGAUGCUUGCAACUUUUUGAUUCUUUUUACAACCCCUCCGACAUUAAACAAAGGUCAGAUGUUUCACUCUCGGUAUUCCCCCCUCAACACGAAAUAGCCGAGCGAACCUGAUGGAUCCGUGCGAUUGUUCAUAUUGAACCCCCCGUCCUAUUCGGGCUCCCUAUAUGUGGCUCAAACUUCACUUUCCGAGCGUUGUCAGUGUCAUCCACUACAUUUCACCAUAUAGACCUGCGAUAUGUACAUCCUAGCCAUGUCGGGACAGGUUGAUUCCGUCCCGUUGACACCACGGGAAGCUGCUUCAGGAGUUCUAGGCUCAAUUUCUCUUGCCUGUUGGAUCUUCCUCCUGGUCCCUCAACUAAUUGAAAACUACAAACAAGGCUCCGCCGACGCCGUUUCCGUCGCUUUCAUCCUCGUCUGGUUCAUAGGCGACAUUGCAAACUUAAUCGGCUCCCUCUGGGCGCAGCUUGUCCCCGUCAUCAUCGCCAUUGCCGUCUACUUCUGUCUCGCAGACGGCAUCCUCAUUUGCCAAUGCAUCUACUACAACAUAAAGAACGCCCGUCUGGAAGCUGCUUCCUCUACCCGUAAACGAAAGUACGGCAAUGACCAUCGCCGUACCUUGUCCGGCGGGACGGCAGUCGACGAUUCUGACGCAGAGUCCGAUGCCCCUGAUCCCACCACGCCGCUCCUUUCACGCCGGAUGAGUGAGAAUCUAGGUAUUUCCGCAUCUGCUUCUUCAGCAGCGCGGAGGAGACCGUCGUCGGCGUCACGGAGACGACACUCACAGCACCAUGUGCAGGAUUCGUUGACGAAGAUUCUAGAGGAAACGGAGCCCAGAAACGCGUGGGUGAAGAACAGUUUGAGUGUCUUUGGGAUCUGUGCUGCAGGUGCCGCUGGAUGGGCGAUUGCUUGGCAGUCUGGUGUUUGGCAACCGACGACUAGGGAGCAACCGGGGAAUAUGGCGGUUGGGGCGCAGGUAUUUGGGUAUUUGAGUGCAGUUUGUUAUCUAGGGGCGCGAAUACCACAGAUCCUCAAAAACUACCGUGAGAAAUCAUGUGAAGGGCUUUCUUUACUGUUUUUCAUAUUUUCUCUUAUGGGCAAUUUGUCAUAUGGCGCAGGGAUAUUGUUUCAUUCCACCGAAAAGGGUUACUUUCUUAAGAAUCUCCCGUGGCUCAUUGGCUCCCUUGGGACGAUGGUUGAAGAUGCCGUGAUCUUUGCACAGUUCCGGAUAUACGCAGUCCAGCGUGCAGAUUCAUCCUCUUCGGCUGUGAUAUAAGCUCCCCAUCCCCAUCCUCUCGCUCUCAUUUCUUUCUAAAAAAAAAAACACACACUUUCCUUCAGAAUCCUUCCACUGUAUCUCUUUUAAUUACUUGGGUGGCACUCUCCUUUUUUUUCUCCCAUUUCUUUCUUUUUUCUUUGCCUAGUCUCUUAUUAAAAGCAAACCGGGACAGGAACCAAAAAACUUCGGCGGGAACCACGAUAUCGAAAGAUGCAUGUCACAUCUCACAUUUCUUAUUUGAUUUUUCUUAUUGACGGAAUACGACAAUCAUGACCAUAAACCAUAUGACAUUAGAAGCAUCCUUGGAAGCACAUCAUAUUGAUAUACUAAAAAAAAAAAAAAAAAAAAGAAAAUUCAACCAAUUGCUACCCGAUUCUCUGGUCCAGUCCCCAACAUGAAAUUCCAUGGUUAUAUAUGAACUUCGCCAA